AUGGGCGGGCCCGUGGCCGCCCCUAUCAGCCUCGUCGCCGCUCCUAGCGGCCCCGUCGCCGCCCCUAGCGGCCCCGUCGCCGCCCUUCACGGCCCCCCUUCAGCUGCCAAGCGGCCGAACCACCAAGCCGCCCAGCAGCCGAGCCGCCCAGCGGCCGAGCCGCCCAACAGCCGAGCCGCCCAGCAGCCAAGCCGCCCUGCAGCCAAGCUGCCCAGCUGCCCAGCCGCCGAGCCGCCGUCGAGCCACUACUGUUCCUACCGGCGUGCACCGGCCCUUCCCACCUGGACUAGUGAGAGCACUCCCUACGGACUCUCCUUGUUUGAUCUCACCUCUGGUGCCUCUCUUGCCCCGCCUGCUACUGCUGACAGCACUGUUCGGUUACAGUGGGCCACACGCGAUGCUGCUGCCCGUCUUGCUGUGCGUCGCCACUUACCGACCGCUGAGCGUGCGCACUUUAGUCAGUACAAGAGUGCUAAGACCUUGUACGACGCUGUAGUUGCACGCUACUCUUCCCCUGCCACUGCUGCUCUUAGCCGCCUCAUGCUGCCGUACCUGUUCCCUGACCUUGCUGCCUUUCCCACAGUCGUUGACCUCAUUACGCACCUUAGCACUAGUGACACUCGCUACCGCGCUGCGCUUCCUACUGAGUUCUGUGCCAAGAACCCUCCCCCCAUGUACAUCACCCUCUACUACAUAGUCACCCGACUCCCUGACUCACUUCGCUUAGUCAGGGACCACUUCCUCUUGUACUGCCCCACCACACUCACCGUUGACCUCCUCGAGGAGCGCUUCCUAGCAGCAGAGAAGAGCAUAGUCACUGUAGGAGCCUCUCGUGGUGACCCUUGUACCCCCGUCUUUGAGGGGUGUUCCCCCUCCCCCCUUUUGCCCUCUGUUUCUUCUGCUGCUGCGGCCGACCUCGUUGGUUUCGAGUCGGUCGGCGCUACGUCUGCCCCUAGCGGGAGACGCCGCACAGGCAAGGGCAAGGGGGGCAAGGGCGCUGGAGGGGCUGGCGGGGGCGGUGGAGGUGGCGGUGGAGGCAGUGGAGGGGGUGGGGGUGGUGGUGGGAGUGGUGGCGGGGGUGGAGGUGUCGGUGGCAGCAGUGGAGGCGGAGGAGGCGGCGGCGGUGGCGGUGGGAGCGGAGGCGGCGGAGACGGCGGCGGCGGCGGCGGUGGUGAAACUGGUCGCGGCUCUACACAGAGGAGUGGCUCUGGUGGUGGUCAGCGCCAGCAGCAGCAGCGCACUCGUGAGACCCUGUCCCCCCAGCAGCUUCGUAAGUGGUACGCUGCGCGUCAGCGAUGUGGGGGUACUGGUCCCUGUACCUACGUCCUCCGUACCUGCGAUCCCGCUGGUGAGCAGUGCGGGGGCUCGCACUCCACCCAGCACUGCUUCGGCUGCCUGACGGAUGCUUGGCGUCACUACUUCCCUAACGCCACUGAGAUCCCUCACUGGAGAGAGCUGUCUAGGGCGGGGGUUGCUAUCUUUGAUCUUGACUAUGAUGCUAUUCUUGCUGCCAUGGAUGCUGUGUCUGCUAGUGAUGAGGGUGACUGUUACCUGUAUGUUCCGCCUGACCCGGGCAUUGAGGUUGCUGCUCUAGGUGCUGGUGAGGCUGCUGCUCUAGGUGCUAGUGCGUCUGCUGCCCCAGGUGCUGGUGAGUCUGCUCUCUCAGGUACCAUGUCAACUCAGGCCUUACACACCUUCACCCUUGACUCGGGUGCUUCUAGCUCCUUCUUUCGAGACCACACCACGCUUACCCCGCUUAGUCGGCCGGUUGCGGUCUCCCUGGCGGACCCCUCUGGGGGUCCUGUACUUGCUCGCUUCUCCACAGUCUUACCGUGUCCGGCAGCCCCCUCUGGCACCCUGUUAGGUCUCUACCUCCCCUCCUUCUUUGCGAAAUUGGUGAGUGGUGCUGACCUACAGGAUGGGGGGGUUGACCAGUUCACUCCUACGAGUCAGCGGGUGACCGUCUAUACGUGUGCUUGGACGGGCCGACACUUGGCCACGUUUACCCGUCGGCCGGGGUCGAGCCUGUACACACUGUCUACUGAGUCUGCUCCGGUUGCUGAGUCUGGUCAGGUAGCUGCAUCGAGUGAGACGCAGUCGAGCCUGUCGAGGUAG